CUUGAUACAACGGAGUCGUAUUCCGUAGGUGAUAAUCAACAUAAGAAGGAACAACAUUUCCGUUUCAUGUUUUCAGGAAUACGGAUUAGUAUCUAGGGCAUGGGGAAAUCUGCUGCAGAUGAAAUGAUUCUUAGUUACAAUGACGUUGUUCUUAGACGAUCGGACUUGGAAAUCCUCGGUGGUCCAUAUUAUUUGAAUGAUAGAAUCAUAGAGUUCUAUUUUAGUCUCCUAUCUGCAAGCCAUCCUUCACAGGACAUCUUGUUGGUUUCACCAUCGAUUGCUUUCUGGAUAACCAACUGUCCUGAUGUUGAUGGUCUCAAAGAUUUUCUGGAACCCCUUAAAUUGCCAGAUAAGAACCUCGUGCUUUUUCCAGUCAAUAAUAACGAUGAUGUGAGCUUAGCCGAAGGUGGAAGUCACUGGAGUUUACUUGCAUAUUACCGAAGUGCUAAUGUCUUUGUGCAUCACGAUAGCAGUCAGCAGAUGAAUAAGAGGCCUGCCAUGAAGCUGUAUAAAUCUGUAGUUGGUUAUAUCAGUGGUUCCUGUUCAGCUGGUAACGACAAAUAUCUAGAAUGCAGCGACACGCCUCAGCAAGUUAAUUGUUAUGAUUGUGGCUUAUAUGUAACGGCUACCGCAAGAACUAUAUGCUCCUGGUAUGAAAGUAGUGAAAGCAAAAACGAUGAGGAUUUGUGGUUUUCUGCUGUAAAGGAGCAGGUUACUCCAUUGGCGGUCUGUGAGCUGAGAAAAGAGAUAUUGAGGCUGAUCAAAGAUCUGAUGGCCAAGCAAUGAGAGUUUCUGAAUCACGAUUUAAGACUGAAGGAUGGGGUCGGGUGGAAUCGAGUGUGUGUGCAAGGAGAUGAAGUUGUUCUUCUAUUUCAUGGAUCUUGUAUAAAUUUCUCGUCUCUCUUUCGAAGUUCGGGACUUGAUCUAUUUUCUGGAAUAGCAACUUAAAGCAGGCAAUGUAUCAGUAAUUUCCUUUCCUUUCCCCCCCCCUAUUCUAUUGUUAAAUGAAAACUCUUUAUUCUCGAA